UUAGAGCAGGGGGGGCUGGGAGCCAGGACUCCUGGGUUCCAUUAGUUAUUUCCGUGUUGAGAGCGGGAGGUUGAGCCUCUUUCACGGGCGGAGCGGGGCCGGGGGGAGAGGAUUCUGCCCCACGGACAGUUGGACGGGGCAGCGGUUGUGGGGCAGAGCCAAGUGCCUGCUGGGAAAUACAAUAAACUCUCUCCACUCGGCGGCUCCCCACUCUGAGCUCCCAGAGCCUCGCCCCCACCCCCGGGACUUUGAACCCAGGCGAUCGGCGAGGGAGGGGGCAUGGAGUGUGUUGUCCGGCCCUGCAGGGCUGAAGACUGUGUGGAGGUCAUGCGGAUGAUAAAGGAGCUGGCAGAGUUUGAGAAGCUCCCCGACCAGGUACAAAUCAAUGACCAAGUGCUCAGGGAAGAUGGUUUCCCCAGUGACCCUUUCUACAGAUGUCUGGUAGCAGAGGUCCCGCCCGAACGCCAGAGUCGAGACGGACACACUGUUGUGGGGUAUGGCCUCUAUUUCUUCACCUACAGUACCUGGAAAGGCAGAAACAUCUAUAUGGAAGACCUGUACGUCAUGCCUGAGUUCAGAGGUAAAGGCAUUGGCAAGAAGCUUAUGAGUAAAAUCGCAGAGAUUGGCGUGGAGAACAGAUGCACGCAGAUGAAGUUUGUGGUGCUGGACUGGAAUCAAGCGGCCAUCGACUUCUACCAGGGCCAGGGGGCGGUGGACCUCACGGCCGCGGAGGGCUGGCACUUCUUCCACUUCGAAGGAGAUGCCCUGGAGCAGCUGGCGCAGGGGCAGCUGGGACACUGAUGUGGCCACCAGCCCCCACUCUCCUCCCAGAGCCGGGGAGAGAACCCAGAAGUCCUGGCUCUCACUCCUCUGCUGUAAACCUUCAUAGAUGCUCCUGUAAAAUUCCUUUCCUCUGGUCAAUUUGGUGGGGUGGGGGGCGGUUUGGGGGUCAGGCAAGGCUGUGUGAAUGAGAAUAGCUGGGGGGGAGAGGGUCUCUAGAUCCACUGGGGUCCCAUGUUCCAGCACGCCCCAGCAUCUAGUACAUGGAAUAAAACCAUAGCAAA